GGUUAAAAAUGGAACAAAAGUAGAGAAUCUCGUCCAAGUCUUUCCUCCAGAAAUUACAACCCUUAAUGUGAAAAUUUGGGAAAUCUCCUCCUCUUGGGGGCUCUCCGAAUCAAAUCUAUAUCUAAAUUCUCAUUCUUUCUUUCUUCGUUGCCUCAUUAAUUUCAUCGCUCCUAUCAAUUUCUCUACCACUUUCCCUUUAUUUAUGCAUCAACACUUUCCCAUUUUGCUCUGACAAUUAUCUUUUGGACAUUUGGAGGCUGUAGAUCCAACUGCAAUUCCAACUUGGUAAAGUCUUUCACUUUCCUAUUUCUCCUCUUUGUAUCUUGCUUUGAUCUCUUGUACUUGUUGUUGUUGUUGUAGUAAUAGUAGUGGGUACUUGUUAUUUUCUGGGGAAGUUUCAUAGCUAAAAGCUCUGUAAUUUGUGUGUUAGAUGUGUUUUUGAAAUACCCAUUUCCCAAUUGUUGUUUUUUUUUCUUUCGGAUUUUCAGAAUUUUUUUUAUAGAAUUUUGGUGAAUUCAGCUUGUGGGUAUUUUGGUCUUAGGGUUUUUGUAGAGCCGUAUUGUUUUGUUUCAAGCAUUCUACUUUGUUGUUGAGGAAUUGUACUUCCAAAUUCCAAUGGAUUAUGGUAGAGACAGCAAUGCGGUCCAGGUAAUCACUGGGAAUAGUGGUGGUGAUAUUUGGUCUGGUGACCAAGCAGUUUGGGCUACGGAGGAUGAGUACCGAGUUUGGAAUAAUGGUGAUGCGAUGGCGGACACCAUGUCCAACUCAAGUUAUGAUCAAAGGCAAUCGCAAAGUCGCUCUGGAAGCGAACCUCCAAAUAAGAAAUCAAGGAACUCCCAAGAUGCAACUUCAUCUAACCGGUCGAAAGCCAUUGGGAAAAUGUUCUUCAAAACCAAACUUUGUUGCAAAUUCCGUGCUGGGACGUGCCCCUAUGUCACCAAUUGUAACUUUGCUCAUAGCAUUGAGGAGCUUCGGAGACCGCCACCAAAUUGGCAAGAUAUUGUGGCUGCCCAUGAGGAAGAAAAGGCUGUAUCUUCAGAGCCAAGGGAAGAGUAUCAAAUUCCAAUCGUCUCUACAGGUUAUGGUGUGGAGACUCUAAGAUCCUAUAAAGGGAGGCAUUGCAAGAAGUUUUAUACUGAGGAAGGGUGUUCUUAUGGGGAUAAUUGCACUUUUCUUCAUGAUGAGCAGUCAAAGAAUCGAGAGAGUGUGGCAAUAAGUUUAGGUCCUGGAGGAUAUGGCGGUGCUGCUGCUGCUGUGAAUGGAGCAAAUAACAAGCCAUCAAACUGGAAAACAAGGAUUUGCAAUAAGUGGGAAUUGACAGGAUAUUGCCCAUUUGGAAGCAAAUGCCAUUUUGCUCAUGGUGUAGCAGUUCAUUGUAGGAUUACAAGGUGCAGAGUGGGGCUGGACCUGUAUGCUUCUGUCUCUGAAUACCUCUCCCUCCCCACGUGCAGAAUGGGCUUGCAUGUGAGAUGGGUUAGUUUAUUGACAUUCCUAAGAACUUAAGGUUUUGGGAAUAGUGGUAAACCACCAAUGUAUAUCACCUGACCAGGUAUACAGAUGGGGAUAAAUUCAAAUUAGGGACAAGCUUAAGAGGAUGUGGCCAGCCCACACUUUUGAGCUGAUCAACUUUUGGUCAUUGGUGGUUUGACUUGUGCAUCAAAAUCUAGGAAAAAUCCUGCAUCUUCCAUGAGAGGAGGCACAGAUGGAAUUUACCCACAAGAUAUAAAGCUUAAGCAAGGAUCACGUAGAUGCAUACUAUUGUUGUACAACUUGAUCUAGUUUGGCUAUGCAGUGCUUACUGUUGUAUUAUGAGCUUGUUUGGUAGUGAUAGUAGAUAGUGCAUUUGUUUGUUUACUUGUUUUCUCUAAAUUUUAGUUUAUUGGCUACUGACGUAUCGGUGCAAGUUCUGGCAAAAAAAUGAAAGAAAAGAAAGUGUUCAUACAAAUUUGCAUGGUGAUAUUUCUGUUAAGUUAACGAGUCUUCACGCUUAGUUGACAAUAAAUGCAAAUAUGCUCUUAUGUGAAAGCACUUGACAUCAUCUGUUGGACUUAAAACUUUUCUGCCACUGAAGAGUAGCAUGCUAAUGUAUUGUCUGGAACAUGGAUGAUUUGUCUCCCGCUAUCUGAGGAUUGUUUUUCUGUUUUGGUUCGAGCGUGUGCAAUAUCUCUCGUGACUAAUUGUAUAACGAUUUCAGUAUCUGACUUUGAU